GAUGUCGUAUCAUAACUCAACGAACGUGUCAAGUGUGAUUUCGAAGUUCACGAAGUUGCGUAGAAAAAGUCAGCCAUGUCUGCUCAGACGUUUAUGAUCUGCUUGGUAAUAGCAGCUAUCGCUGUGAUAACCAGCGAAGUUAGUUCGACGCCGGCUUUGAAUCCCUACGCCAGCAAUAGUUCGAACAAGUCUCAUAACUUGAUCGUCGGAUACAGGAUGCCCGGCGACAGGCUUGUUCGGCGGGAUUCUAUCCAGCACAAACCAUCAUCUUGGAUGCAGGUUACGGUCAAACAGAAAACCUUCAACGUUUCGAAAUGGGAACGAAUUACUCUGGUCAAAGCUCUCGAUCAGAACACCGACGGCAACGGUGGGUACGUUAACCUGACCCAGGGUGGUCCAGGAUACAAUAACGUCACGCUCAAAUUCAGGACCCAGAGGGGAGGCGGAAUCAACUUCAUCGUCGAAGUGUACGCACGCUCUUAAAGCACUGUGAUUGGUGUCACUUCUGAUCAUCAGCAAUUUUCUGUUUACAGUUUGUCGAACGUAUUUAAUGAAAUCAAUAUUAUUUAUUUCUCUCUGUGAUAUAUGUAACAUUGGUUGAUACAUUUUUGUAAAUUAUAAUUUAUGGUUCAAUGUAUAAGAGAAUAGAACUACCUGUUAUGACAUUCA